UGGCCUUGGGCUCCUGGCCCACAGCCCACUGCCGGCGCCUUGACUCUAUAUCCAGGGCAGGGGGCGCGCGUGAACUCGUGUCUACCGCUACUGCGAAGAGUGUGUCCCCGUCUCGGCAGCCGAGGCACAGAAGUGGGGCGCCCCAGCCUCGGGACCCCUGCCCUCUCUUUUAGUUGUCGCGAACGCCGUCUGCUCCGGAGGCGCCCUGCGCGAUGAGUGCCAACGAGGACCAGGAGAUGGAGCUAGAAGCAUUACGUUCUAUUUACGAAGGGGAUGAAAGUUUCCGGGAAUUAAGUCCAGUUUCAUUUCAAUAUAGGAUAGGUGAAAAUGGCGAUCCCAAGGCCUUCUUAAUAGAGAUUUCCUGGACAGAAACAUACCCCCAAACACCUCCAAUUAUAUCUAUGAAUGCUUUUUUUAACAACACAAUAUCAUCAGCUGUAAAGCAGAGUAUACUAGCCAAGUUACAGGAAGCAGUGGAGGUUAACCUUGGCACUGCUAUGACCUAUACAUUGUUUGAAUAUGCCAAGGACAAUAAAGAGCAGUUCAUGGAGAAUCACCAUCCCAUUAAUUCUACAACAUCCAUAAGCAAUAUCAUCUCAGCUGAAACUCCUAAUAUAGCCCCAUCAAGUAAGAAAAAAGAUAAAAAAGAACAACUCUCAAAAGCCCAGAAACGUAAGCUGGCAGAUAAAACAGAUCAUAAAGGGGAACUUCCUCGAGGCUGGAACUGGGUUGAUGUUGUGAAGUUAAGCAAAACUGGCUCUAAAGAUGAUGAAUAAUCCUUGGGAUUUGAGACAAGGAAAGCAUCUUUAACAAGUAAACUACGUUCAACAUCUUUCAUUACUAUUUUCUGAUAUUGAGGUGGCUUUUUAUAAAAUACAAGUUUUUGUAUGUUUUUAUGUAAAAACAUAGAAAGUUCAUGAAGAGAUCGGGUUGUAUUAAAUUCUCAAAAUUGCCUUAAUAAAAGGUGAAAAUGUUACUCUUUAGAAUACUUUAUGGAGCCCGUUGAGCUUUGUAAAAGGACAAAGAUGAGCACUAAUAGUCAGUAUUAAUUGGUAUGAUUUUACCCUGAUAGCUGUGGUAAUGUUUAAAGGAGUACGAAGCCCUUUUCAAGCUGUCAGUAGAGAAUGUUGAGUCUAUAGUUAUUCUAUAGCAUAUCCAUAUUAACAGGCUUCUCAUCUUAAAGUCUUCAUCUCUUCUUUUGCUUAGUUACUGAAGUAUGAAUUGCUUCAGAGAAAUUUAAAUUCCCAUAUUUGAACUUUACAUGAUAACUCUUUGUAAUUCCUUUUUAUUUUUUAAAAAUGAACUGCUUCCCUUUAAUAAAUUGAUGUCUAUUUAUUCUUUUCUUGAUUUGGGUCAAGGUGUUUGAUCAUGAGAGCUUUCAAUGAUAUGUGUAAUAGGAGAAUAUAAAAACAAAUUUGCCAGAUACUUAGGAAAGCAUUUUAAUAAGUGCAGGCUUUUAUUCAAAACAUUUCUCUUUGCUGCAUAUGCCAGGAUGGGAAUAAAAGAUGCCUUAAUAUUUAAUUUUUGUAUUGUUGGAGACAGUGAUUUUAAUAAAUACUAUUUAUCUGCUAUUUUGGUAAUUUUAGUUGUUGGAUAACUGAGAUCUUUAAAUGGGUUCAAGUUCAACAUAAAACCACAUUUCGUCCUUAUUUUUUUUCGUAGUGUCUUUUCAAGUAUCCAAAUAUAUUUUUCAACCUCUGCAUCUUUUUAAUAAUAUAGGAGUCUUUCAAAUGCUGAACUGCUAUAUGUGCUUAACUUUUAAAAAAUCAUUAAUAGAAGAAACUACUGGUACAGUUUUAUUAGAAAAAGUUAUUGAUGUUUUUGUGUCAUUUACAGUGACUUUGUAUAUGCUCCCCAUCUCUAAGAACACUUAGAAUUACUGCUAUGUAUCUGGACGGUAGAUUGUUAGUACAUCAAGUUACACAUGUGCAGUUUGCGAUUGAAGUUUUAAAGAGUGAUUAACUUUUAAAGAAAUUACCUUGGCAUAAAAGCAGUUUGAGAUAUGUCCAUGGUUUUUACAAAGUUAAUCCUGCUUCAGUUAAGUUAUUUGAAUUAUAAAGUAAAUAUAAUUAUAGUGAAGGAGUUUAAUCUCAUUUUCAAAAGCUGAAUCACAUUUUGUUUCUUGAAUUCAUAUUAAAGUUGAGGACCACUAGAAUAUGCCAACUUUUGUUUUCAAGGUUGUGUGUAUGUAAUUUUUGUUGUUAUGUUAUUUGUUUGUUCAUAUUUUUUGAAGAAACAUGUGGUAGUGGAAAAAAAUUUGUUUUACUGAAGAUUCUGAAACUGGUCAGGUUUAUCGUGGUACCUAGAUUACAAAGAAUAAUGCUAGUUAAAUGCCAAUGAACUAUUUUUACUCUUUUUAUAUGAAAUGUACAAAUUUCUGGGGGUGAUGGUGGCAGUGGUGCCUCUUGUUACCUUAAUAAAACACUUGAACAUUUUCAUCAAUAUUGCCAUCAUCUGUUUAAUGCUCCCAGUAUAUUUUCUCAAAGUUUGUUUAUUUAAAAUUGUGUGGAAUGACAUAACUAAUAAGCAAUAAAGUCUGAAUUA